AUGGGGAUAUCAUUAUAUGAUCCAUCCUCAGGCCCUGAUGAUGAGGAUCGUCGCUUCGAAGCUUUUCUUCUAAGCUCAGUCGGUUUUCGGGGCAGACGUACGAGGAAUCCAUUGCGAUCAGUUAGUUUUAAUGGCCGUGAUUCAGCCUCCACCAUGAAAAAAUCAUCUAGAUCGAGAAAGAUGGUGUUUGAGGCAUCACUUAGCUUUAAAGGCAGGGGGUUAGAGACCAUGUUUUCAUUCAGAACUCCUGCACCAGAGAUGGAAAACAAAGUCUUUCGUAGAUGUAUGAGCUCCAAGGCUAAUUAUUCUACAGACCAAUUGCCAAGAUCAGAUAACUUGUCCGAGGAAAAAUACCAAUCACCAUUGUCGCAUCCAAAGAAACUCAAGUGCCAGGCUGCAUUGAAGUUGCAGAAAGUGUACAGGAGUUUCCGAACUAGGAGACAGCUUGCAGAUUGUGCAGUUCUUGUGGAGCAGAGAUGGUGGAAGCUGCUCGAUUUUGCUGAACUGAAGCGGAGCUCUGUAUCAUUUUUUGACAUCGAGAAACCUGAGACUGUGUCUUCACGUUGGUUAAGGGCAAGGACUAGAGCUGCCAAGGUAGGGAAAGGAUUAUCAAAGGCUGAAAAGGCUCGUGAACUUGCUUUACAACAUUGGCUUGAGGCAAUUGAUCCCCGCCAUCGAUAUGGCCAUAAUCUUCAAUUUUAUUAUGUGAAAUGGCUCCAUUGUGAGAGUAAACAGCCCUUCUUCUACUGGCUCGAUAUUGGAGAAGGAAAAGACAUCAAUCUUGAGAGAUGUCCCCGUUCAAAGCUUCAGCGACAGUGCAUCAAAUAUCUUGGUCCAGCAGAAAGGAAGGCUUAUGAAGUUGUGGUGCAGGAUGGGAAAUUUAUCUACAAGCAGAGUGAGAAACUCCUAGAUACCACAGGAGGACCCAAAGAUGCGAAGUGGAUCUUUGUCCUUAGCACAUCCAAGAUCUUGUAUGUUGGGUUGAAGAACAAGGGCACAUUUCAACACUCCAGUUUCUUGGCAGGUGGAGCCACAUUGUCUGCUGGAAGAUUGGUCGUGGAAGAUGGCACUCUGAAGGCAGUUUGGCCUCACAGUGGGCAUUAUCAACCAACAGAAGAAAAUUUUCAGGAAUUAAUGUUGUUUCUUAAGGAACACAAUGUAGAUCUCACCAGUGUAAAGAAAAGCCCAUGUGAAGAGCAAGAAGAAGUCCCUACCAACAAGACCGACGACUUUUGCCUUCAAAGAAGUCUAACAGAAGCAAAUUUAUAUCAGGAUACUGAACCAAUGAGUGAAUACUUCUUUGCUCAAAAGUGCGUAGAUUCCGGACAUCAGCCUUCUAAUGUUGCUGAAAAUCCAGAACCAUUCAUGUCAAGAUUGCCACGAGAAUUAGGCUCAAAAAUAGUCAGACUUGAAAUACCAAACCGACGCAAUGUAUUUGACAUUCUGGAGAAGGAAUCACUUCAACAAAGUUGCCACACUCAUCCUUUAGAAGAUGGUUAUGAGACAGCAAAAGAAUCGUUUUUGUCAGAGGAAGAUUUCAUGGUUCCUAAACUGAACUUGUUUCAUGGAGAUCGAGAAGAAGAUGAACUGCCCAUUCCAAAGGAAAAAAUCAUGCAGAGGAUAGAUUCGCAUAAAGGAAUGAGGUCAUAUCAGUUGGCUCGGCAAUUAUCGAGUAGAUGGGCAACCGGAGUCGGGCCACGGAUUAGUUGCAUGAGAGACUAUCCUUCUGAGCUUCAGUUCCAGGUUUUAGAGCAAGCCAAUUUGUCUCCAAGAUCAAAAAGUGUUAAUGCAUCCCCCCGGACCUCAACCCACUUGAGCCCAAAGGUUCUAAUUUCAACUUCUUUGUGUAGGGAGACAACUGCAGACAGAUGUUCCCUUGCUCCAUAGCAACUGAUACUGUCUAAAACAGAAACAUCAUAGACCAAGUUUAGGUGAAACCACAAUACGAAAUGAAUCGAUUGUAUCAUGAUAGGGUAGAAAUCACGGUAUACGAAUUCUUUUGCAUUCUUCCUGUACAUGUAUUUGAUAGAUUAUGGUGGAAUUAGAA